AAUCUAACAAUUUCUACAGACCAUCACAAAUCCAAUUUCCUCCGUUCAUUCUUCCGUUUUUCAAAGGCAAGGAGAUCUCUUCUUUUUCUCACAAUUACAAACCCCCUUUGCUUUUUCUCCUAUAUUUUCAUUUUUUGUACUUGAAGGAAGAAAAGCAAGGAAAAAGAUGAAGUCUUCUUCCUCUGAGAAAUGUCUGAACAUGGGGAUGGUGUCUCCUUUUUUCUUAUCUUCUCUUUUUCUAACAUUCAUCUUCUUCCUCUUCAUCCUCUAUUCUCCAGACCCUUUAAAGGUUAUGUCCAAACAUAACCUUGAUCAAAAAAACCUUGUCCUCGUCAAACCUCCACAUGGUGAUGAGGUGGAGAAGGACUGUGACUUGUUUCAUGGUCGGUGGGUACCGGACCUUGGAGGGUCCCAAUACACUAAUUGGAGCUGCAGAACAAUUCCGGAGUCCAAGAACUGUUUCAUGCAUGGAAGACAAGACAGAGAUUUUCUGAAUUGGAGAUGGAAACCAGACAAGUGUGAUCUUCCUAGGUUUGAUCCCAAGACAUUCUUGGAAUUUGUCCGAGGAAAGAAACUUGCAUUCGUUGGUGACUCGGUUGCCAGGAACCAUAUGGAGUCCCUGCUCUGUCUCUUGUCAAAUGUGGAAACUCCUAGGGACCAGUACAAAGAUUCCGAUGAUCGGAAACGGAUAUGGUACUUCCCGAACCACGACUUCACUCUCAUGAUCCUCUGGACAAAAUUCCUUGUAUCCGGGGAGGAGAGAGUGAUCAAUGGUACAUCAUCUGGUAUUUUUGACCUGCAUCUUGACAAGGUAGAUGAAGAAUGGACCAGAGAUAUCCCAAGUGUCGACUACAUCAUCAUCUCAGAUGCACACUGGUUCUUCCGGCCGAUUUACUUGCAUGAUGGUGGUGAGGUAGUUGGAUGUGUCUAUUGUAACGAGCCAAAUGUCACUGACCAUGGCGUUGCAUUUGCCCUGAGGUUGGCACUUCGUUCUGCGUUAAGAUACAUAAACCGCUGCAAGAAGUGCAGGGCCAGGGUUACCCUGAUAAGGACGUUCUCGCCAGCCCAUUUCGAGCAAGGGGCUUGGAACACUGGUGGGCGUUGCAACAGGACGACUCCCUUUGGUGAGGAGGAGAUUAACUUGGGUGGCAAUGAGUGGGAAAUGAGAAGCAUGCAGGUGGAAGAGGUUGAGAAAGCAAGAAAAGGUGGUCAGAAGAGAGGGAAUAUGUUUGGGAUUCUGGAUGUCACCAAGGCAAUGCUGAUGAGAUCUGAUGGGCAUCCUGGAGAAUUCUGGGGGAACAAAUGGAUGAAGGGGUACAAUGACUGUGUUCAUUGGUGCCUGCCGGGUCCGAUUGACAUAUGGAAUGAUUUUCUCAUGGCAGUCCUGAGAAGAGAGGCUGCAUUAAUCCCCAGGUAGAAGGGCAGCUUAAGCACGUUAGAUACAUAGAAUCAUAUACCAUAGAGAGUUUGGAGUUAUAUUUUAAUAUGCAUCUUCAGAGUUUUUGCCUCCGAGCAAAUGCGUUCUAUAGUAGACUGAUGGAAAUUCUUUUGAUUGAUUAAUAAGAAUCAAUAUACUAAAAUUCUUCGC